CUUGACCAGUAGCCUCGCAGUCUUUGCUGAUGUAAACGGGCUUUUACUGUGGACACUGGUGUUUUAGUGGUUUCCAGUUAAUGGGUUGUGCUUUAAUAGCUCCUGAACAGCUUAACCAAUUUUUCGGGUCAUACAGAAUGAAGUUAAAUAAAUGAAGAUGGUUUAGUAAUUUGUGUAAAACUACCAUGAAAAUGUUUCCGUUUUGAAGGAAGUAUUUUUAAACUAGCGUAGCAUCUUUGAAUUGAUCAAAAAUAAUCUGCUGACGCAUUAAAUAAAGUCUAACUGAAAGUGACAGUAAGUGGCGUGAAACUGAUCACGACGCAUCUCGGUUCCACAGGUGAGCGUUGGCCGUUUCACUUGCUGCUUUGUUUAUUUUCGGUCAGGCCGACACUCAAGUGGAUGCAAAGCUCCGCCAGAGUUCAUGUGAAAGGGAGGCGCUGUUGAUGGAGACGCAGGCUGGGAUGAAAUCCUAACUGAAUGUUUGAAAACGCAGAGAUUUUCCCCGUGCGGUUGUUAUGGAGCAACCACCCAGGACCUUGGAUGAGCUACAGCAUCAAGGUGCCUCUUCCCCCGCUCGCUCCAGCGUAAUUGACUUGACCAGGAAAGACGAUGAACACCUCCUCACAUCACCAUCUCUGGAUGCCUUGCGGAGGGUCAAGGGCUCUGGCUGGGGCCCGAACUCUGGAUCUUCCAUCCCCGGGUUACAGUUGUCAGAGACUGGCUCCUCAGAUGUCACAGUUCAACCGGGGGAUCAAAUUCAGCCAGACAAUGCCUUAUCCCACACUACAGUCACCCUGUCCUACGUGAGCAGGUCUCAUGUCUUCUCCACUCACAGCUCUCCUCUGUACAGUGUGUCGCCUGUCAGCAAGUCUUCCUUCCACCCUCAAUGCAACACUGACAUUGGGUUUGAGGAGACCAGCUAUGCACUGAACCAGCAUUUCCUAGAGCAGGACAAGGAGCCUGUUAACCUUGUCACACAUGCAGAACUGUUCCCCUCGCUUUCUCAACCUCAAGUAGGACCACAGGAUAAUGCUAGAGAAUACAACGUGAAAGAGCCUCCAAAGACUAAUGGAGAAGUCAUUUCCAGCAGUGGAUAUGAUAAAAAGCUAUUGGCAGAAGAGAAACACAGCAUUCUUUCUGAAAGUAGAAAUUGUGUAGAGAACGGUCGGUAUGAUGGUUGGUCAGAAAUUCUCUGGGAUGAGGAUGAGGACAGAGGAACAUCCGAUGUGCUUUUCAUUGGGGCUAAGAAACAGGACCAAGAGGUCUCCAAAAGCAGCGGUUCCACAGAUGUGUGUUCAGUGAGUAGGGAAUACAAGAGCCCUUUGGAAGAUCCAGUCUCCCCACCCUCUACCUCAGUAGAGGAUGUGGAGGAUGUGUUCCUCCUUCCUCAGGCCUCCAGCUCACCCAGCGCAGAUUACUUUUAUUUAGAGGCUGCCGAUGAUGCUGUGUAUGAUACCUUGUGUUCAGACAAAACCACUCGGGCAAGCUCUGCGGUCAACGAUGGCCCAACGAGGUUGGAGUCACGUUAUGAGAGUAAAUCCCAUAAACGGAAGGCUGUUUUGGAGCCUUUGAUUGACUUGGCUGAUGAUUCUUGUCUGAAUCCGGAGAACAAAACCAGUUGUGCCAUUCGUCACGUUAAUGGGAGUGCAAAUAUGCUGGAGAGGACGAUAAAAGAAAGGAAACUGCCCAUGCGUUCUGGUAGAGGGACUCGACUGGAAGCAAUAGUCAUGAAUAUAAAUUCAGGUCGCUAUAAAGUGUCCAGUAGCAUACUCGCCAAUAAGAAACCCAGUGCCUCUCAGCCAGUUACACACACUUCUGCCUUGCCCAGAUCCAAGAGGAAAGUGAAAGGCAAGGCAAAGACUGCAUUCUUGCUGAGGACCGUCAAAAGAAAAGCUGUAAAUGUGAAAAAAAGUAAACCCAGUAGCGUCGACGCUCAAAGUUACAAUGACUCUACCUCUGUUUCUGAACCCCUCAACAAGACCGAAACAUCAGGCACACCUGCUAAAAGACCUCGAUUUGCGAGACCAAGCAGAAAACCAGCACGGCCAUCUCGGAGUAGGCCUGUGAAGUCCAAGAUGAAACCCCCUUCUCAGUCAAGUGCCCAGUUCCUCACACAUAAUAACUCGAAGAAGAAGCCAGAGUUGGUCACUGUCCCCGAACCCUCAGUGGAAGUUACUGCAUCAAAGGUGUUGCCCAUUCGUCCGCCACCAAAGUCUCCAAAGAACAACCAGGUUGACCCUAAAAACAAGCCAUCAUCUCCCACCAAGAAGACAAAGGCACCCCCAAAACGGAGGCGAAAGAAACCCAGGUGCAGCCAACCUUCCUCCAUGUUCUCCCCAAAGGAGCCUGAGAUCAAGCUCAAGUACAUCACCUACAAGGAAGAAAAGAAGGAUGUCAGGUUGGACAGUUUCUCUCCGUUUGUUCGUGUCAAGCGACAGCAGUCAUCCCCUGCUCUGUGCACAAUAGUGAACUACCCCGAGGAGGUGAAGACGGAACCCAAACAGCAGCAGCAAGCUCACUCCAGUCGCUUUGUCUCAGCCAUUGUACCCACCACUUCCUGUCUGUAUCUGGGACGACUGUCCACGCACGGCCAACAUCAGCGUGCUCUCGUCUGCUGCUUGUGCGGCCGCUCGGCCAACUCCAUCGACUUGGGGGAUCUCCACGGACCCUAUUACCCCGAGGGGUACCGGCCGAACAUCAAAGCACCGGCCAACGUGUCGGGUCUCAAAGAAGAUGAGGAGGACUCCAGCUACUCCGACUCUUCCUCCAGCACUACGAGAGCCAGACGCUGGGCAGCUCCGCUAAAGCAGAAGGGCCUUCUGGGGAGCCGCAAGUGGUCCAGCGGUAGGAUCAGCAGCCCUGAAGCCAAGCAGGCAAGAUCGGAAGGCGGUCUUGCGGAUGCGGAGGACUGGUACAGCCCGCCCGUUCUCCCUGUGGAGCCAUGCGAAUAUUGGCUCCACGAGGACUGCGGCAUCUGGUCUGCAGGCGUGUUCCUUGUCAGGGGCAAAGUUUACGGGCUGGAGGAGGCCGUCAAGGUGGCCCAGGAGACGGUGUGUACGGCGUGCCACAAUCCAGGAGCAACUCUGGGCUGUUUCUUCAAAGGCUGUCCUAACAAAUACCACUACAGGUGUGCUCUGGAGUCAGACUGUGUGCUCAUCGAAGACAAUUUCUCCAUGAAGUGUAAGAAGCACAAGAACAAAACGUUGAAAGCACCUCCGGGGAGCCGAUGGGACGACAGGUGACAGAUGAGAUGGAACCUCCUGAGGUAGAAUCCUGCAGGAAUCCGCCGGUAACCAUGACAACGGCGGACCAGGCCUCACCCCCCCACCCCUCAACGACUGACAGCUAGCACCCACAAACCUUACCGACUCCCUCUGCUCUUCAGAGUGACUGUUGUAGCCCCCAAACUACCUGUGGACUGCAGGAAAUUACAGAGUAACAUGCUGAAUUUCUCGUUUUGUCUGGUUAUUUAUAUGGGAUUGUUCUGUUUCUUUUGCUUUUUUUGUUGCUCAGAUUGAUAUGAAUAAUAAUAAUCAAAGAUAUUUAAUUUUUUAAAAAGAUUUUCUAAGUAUUUGAUUAUAUUUUGGUUUAUUUAUUCCUGAACUCUUACGGGCUUCUUCAGCUGUUUGUCAAAGAGGCUUAAUUGUAAUAUGUUUGUGUGUCGGUGAGAGUGGGGGUGUGUGUGUUUAUUUUUACUUUCCUUUUGGAAGCUAUCAGUUUAGCGUUUUUAAUAUUCUUCAACAAGUCAAGGAGUUUCUGAUUAGUUUUAUUCCAAUAUGGGACAAAAAUAAAUGCGACUGAGUUAAGCUGCUGCGCUCACACAACAAACUAUCUGAGUAGGCCUGGGCAUUACAACCACAAUAUCACUGUUUCCUGGUAUUUACACUAAAUACAAAUAGAAUCAAAUGCUCUAAUUUAAUGCAGAAAAGCAACAAUUGUUCCAACUGGUUGCAAAAUGUCACAUAUUGACUGGUAUCUUAAUUUAAAUGCAUAAAAUUGAGCAAACUCAACAAAUAGCCACUUAACUGCUUGCUAGCAUCUUAUGCUUUAAGCUAACAUGCUGCUUUUAAAGGGACACUUCCGGUUUGCAGUAGUAAUUCCCUUUCUUGCGUUACAGUGUUUACAUAAAGAAAUCCUCAGAGCAAUGGAAGGCUAACAGCUAGCAAGACGACUCCAUGUCGUAGGGCGCUACGUUAGCGGGCGCUAAACGCCUGCAAACAUCCGCUAACGUAAUUUGAGCGCAGCUAUGUGUUAGAAACGGCUGGGAAAAUGGUGACAAGUUUAAUGGUGACUCCUGUGAGGUUGUAGGUUUUAAAAUAUCAACCAGCAUGAUAAAGUGUCCAAAUUUCAAACUGUUAAACUUCCACUGCUUUGAGAGAUUUCUCAAACUUUCUAGAAACGUGUAGCAUUAUCUGUUUGCUGUAUUUUUUUCAAUCAUUAUGGCUAAUGUUCUGACAAAAUCUCUAUUUGAUUGGUUAUUUAGUCAAAUGCUCUUGUAGCAACAGAUGGGGGAGGGGCAGGGACUUUUGAUGCUAGAUCAGCAUCUGCCCAUGCCUGCAGCAGGACAUUGGACCAUCAGUAAUAGUAUUACAGGCUUUGCUUUAUAUGAUGCAGCACCGGUUGUAACCUCAGAUGAUUUUAUCAACGCAGUCCAUCAUUGUGUGUGAGUGUGUGUGUGUGUGAGUGAGUGUGUGUUUGAAUGUAUGCUAACAAGAAGCACUCCAGUCCGGGCCCCGCAGCACUGUUCAGCUCUUUUCUCGUGAUUGCUCUUUGAUUGCUCUUUUGCCACCUUCUCCUCAUCAUCAAACUGUUUCUGAUGAUUUUGUUUGUUUGAUUUAUUUAUUUUUUUUUUGUGCAACUCCAAAGCACUUUGGCCUCCCCACUUUGGCAUCGUUGGGGGGAAAAAAAACAAAAACGUGCCCGUGUGGUUUUCGCCUGCGCUGCCUUUUAAAUUAGUCGGACUUCCUUGCGAGUCCCAUAAUAGUGGAGCGAGAAUCCAGUGUGGUGUGUGUUUGUCCUUUUUGUUUCAGCUUCACUCCAGCUCCGCCGUCAAUCACUGACAGGUUUCUCUUAAAGCACGUCGUAGUGACGGCAUUUUAUCUCCUAAAACGCAAAAUCUGCACCUCAACCCUUCUUAAAAAGCCUUUUCUGAUCUACGGAGGGGGACAAAAGUUUAUCUGGGGUGCAGUGGAAAAUUAGUUCCUGAGUAAAGGCACCUGGCUUGCACUUUUUCUGUUUUUUGUUGUUGUUGUUUAUUUUUGUUUUCUGAUGACUUUAUUUUUAGGAAGUCCGUGUGAUCAGUGCUGGCGCCUCUCCGUACCACCGGGGGCAGCAUGGAGUUGCCUGAUUGUAACUGUCAGAUUCUCCUCUCAGCUUUCGGUCACCAGCAGCAUGAAGCAUCUCAGAGGAAUCCAAGUCUCACCUUUAAAAAAAAAAAAAAAAAAAAAAAAGAAAGAAAAACUUCCUGGCUGAUCGUUUUGUGCCAUCUCUGUGUUUGUAGUAUUUUUUCCAGUUUGUGGUUUUAUUGCAGUAAAGCAGUGAGCUUCCCGCAGGUUUGUCUGGAAGCUUCGGUGAUUUGUACCAAAUAUACAUUUCUGAAUAUGUUUAAAAAAAAAAAGUUUGCAUUUAAAAAUAAAAAAAAUAUACAUAUAUAGAUAUGUUGCUCUCAGGGCUGAAUCUCAGAUAUUGUAAAGAUUUUGGGUUUGUUUGCUUUUUUCUACCUGUUUUUAUUUUAUUUUAUUUUUUGUCAUGCUGUUACCGCAGUAACACAUGGAGCAGGAGGAGGUUUUCUGCCUUUCCUGUCCCGGUACACACUAAACGUUACAUUCCACCUCCUUUUCUUUUCCUCCGUCUGCCUCAAUGCUGUGGUGAUUUUGAGUUUAACAUCAAAAAAAGACUGCCAACUUGUUGUUUUAAUGUUGCCAUCAUCUGAUUCUUUUUUUUUUAUGGCAAGAUUUUUUUUGUACCGUCUCGUUCACCUCUCUGGAGUAUCGGAGGUCUCGUCAUUGUCAGAAUAAAUAUUUUGUUCGAUCUUCUGGAUUUUCUGUGUGAUGUGUAGUAAUACCAUAAAAAAAAAAAAAAACAAUAUCUGAAAAUGGCACUCCUGAUGCUGCUGCCAUUCAUGGUGAUUUCCAAUUUUGUUUUUCCUCCACUACUCGCCUACUUCAGGAUAAGUUGUUCUAAUUUAGGAAAUCAAGAGGUUUGCUUCAUUCACAUGAACCAGAUUGGUUUGGACAACAUUUAUUUUUCUCCUUAAUGAAUAAAAUUCUCAUUUCAAAA